AUGUCCGGGGAUCAUGUGGAAUCGCUGCAGCGAAUUCUACAUGUUACCGUGAAUAAAUCCCCAAGUAUUAUUUUUAAUGAUUGUGAAGAUGAACCAUGGAAUGGUGAUUCCAAAAAUUUGCCAUUAUAUAUUGGAAAUGCACCUUUUUUAAAUGGAGAGCCACACAAAUUGAUUGAUAAUGUUGAUAAAAUAUUGCAAGUGCUAGUAAAAAAAGCCAACAAAAUACAUGCUAACCCAAUUACUGUCAUGUACCACGUUUUCAGUCGUUCAGAAAUCAUAAAAUGGCCAAAUUUAAUUAACAUAUGCAAUUUAUCAAUCAGCCAAUGCUGUUUGUAUCUAUGUUGCCCUCAAUAUUACGGUAUUGAACUACAAAUAGAUGAUAGAAUUUCAAAAUUAUUAGAGUUUUUUCAAUCUAACUCUGGCAAAGCCCUUAAAUUUGGUAUAGAUAUAUUGCUAAACUUACAGCAAGAUAAUCCUGAGGAUUAUCUUGUAAUCAACAAAAAAUUAUCAGAGCUUCUGGUCAAAGAAUUGUGCGACAGAACCCUAGGAAAUCCCAAGACUAAAAUUAUUUCUAUAAUCAACUCCUUAAUCAGCAACAAAUCCAUAGCGAUGUUACUGUGUAAGGAAUGGUUUAACAGUGCGGUAUGGGACAAGCCAUUAAUGGUGGAAAGGAAGCUAUUUUGGGGUAGGUUGCUGGCCAUCACUAGCCUUAACGAAUUUGGCCCGGGAAAGUUAGACGAUGAUUCUUGGUACCAUAAUCAAACGCCUACUAGACAGACUUAUUUUUCAUCAAGAAUGACCUUGCCAGCAUUGAUCGCAUCAAUAAAUACGGUUCAAUCGGAAAUAUCACAGGGGAAUGUUAUUAGUAACAGUGUUAUCAAGACGUUUAUAAAAAUUGAUAGUGAGAUGAGGUACUAUGUAUUAAAAUAUUUUGGCAAGAUCUUGGAAGGUAACAGCAUUAAGGCAAGAGUUGGAAGGAAUGCCAUGAGUAGAUUUGGGGAAUAUCGUUCGCAGUCGCUCAACAAAACUUAUACAUUCAUGUUGACAAUAAAUGGCGAUAAUUCAUUUGGAUUCUGCCUAAAUUUCUCUUGGAUACUAAUAACCUUGUGUUAUGGAAUACAGCUAAACAAGGUAAACACAUUAAUGUGCAGCUUCUGUGCAAGCGAUUCUGAUAAGGUUAAAGAAUUGAUGUGUUUUUGCAGUAAAUGCGUUUUUAUGGGCGAUGACGAACAGGUUAUGGCGGCUAAAGUAUUGGUUGAAAAAUUGCCAAUUGAGCAAGAAAUUGACAAAUUCACUAACCAAAUUUACUGGCUCACAUACAAAUCAAUCAAUGUGAUGGUUAAACCCUGUUUGGAUGAAUAUAUCGCAAUUAUCAGACAUAUGUCCGAAGCUUCUAAUGAAGAGGAGAGGCUCCAACUGUUUUCACAUUACUGCAUUUGGCAUUCUAUUGUGGAGCAUCAGGAUUUUUUGGAUAAAUUUUGGCAUUAUAUAAACUUAUCCCUUUCUCUCAUUAUGCGUGCUUGUUGUAUCUACUUACCUGAUGGAUUGGAGGAUGAUGAGGCUAUACAGUAUUUAACUACCCAAGGCAGGGGCAAAUUACAGAAUUUGUUAUUAUACAGGGCAAAUAAAUUUAAAGUUAGAAUUGGUAAUAAUGAUAGUUUAAUGUCGCCUCAAUUGACGUUGUUACCAGUUGAUUUCAUAGGUGAUAUAAUUGAGAUUGUUAAAAGGUUAAUAAUAAUUUACCCUUCGAAACAUAUUAAAAUUUCAACGGUAGAUAUCUUAUAUGGCUUGGACCUUGAAUUAUUUACCUCGGUUUGCAUUAUUAUAAUGACCGAAUCCAAGUUAUUUAAAAAUAUACAUCUACGGUGUGAUGCAGCCUCUAUGUCACUAUUUUAUUUGAAUAUAUAUGCUAAUAAUUAUUGGAAUAAAUUGUUAGAAUUUCAAACAACAAAAUCAUAUCUAGUUAAGGCUUUGACUAUGGUUUUUGUGGAUACACAAAAAGCGAGUUACUACGAUCGUAUUAACUUCCGUUUACCACUAGUGGAGAAUAUAUCAGGGCUACUAAAAGUUCCAGAGUAUAAGGUGUCUUUCAACAAUUUAGUAGACACAGAUAACCAGUUAUUUGUACAUUUGUUACAUCUGUUACUCAAUGACAUGUCUUUCCUAAUUGAGGAAGUUGUAUCGUUGUUGACUGAGAUUAAGAGAAGGGAGAACCAACCAGAUCCUCAAAACAACGUUGAUACUGAUACAUCUAAUGUUUUUAACUCCAACACUAAUAGUGGUACUAGUACUAACCCAAACAACGGCGAUGAUAAUGAAAACAACGAACAAAUAUUGGAUGAAGGAGGUGACAAUAGAAGCUCGUCCUUCCAAAUGUUAAAAUCUAGGGCCAGAUCUACUGUGACUUAUGGUCUAAAGGUAUGCAAGCUUGUGGGUCUUUUUUCUGAAUUAUUCAAAACUUACAUACUGGAUUCUCCCAUAAUCUUACCGCAAGUGGUAACCUGCUUAAACAAUUGUAUUGACAAUUUGGUAGGUCCAAACUGUUUAAAGCUUAAGGUCAAGAAUAUGACAGAGUACAAUUUCGAUCCACGAGAAUGGUUACGAUCAAUAAUGUCUUGUUAUAACAAUUUGAACAGCAAUAUGCAUGUGUUUUGCAAAUCAAUUGCUGCAGAAGAGAGGUACUACAAUCACAACACUUUCAAGAAAGCAUUACGAAUAGCACGUAGAGAAAACAUGUUUCCAUCUAAAAUCCUUGCAAAUUUUCAGGUCAUGAUAGAAACUGUGCAACAAUUUGCCAGUAAUUUGACUAUAGAAGUUGAUAUACCAGAAGAAUUCCUGGAUCCCAUCAUGCAGGAAAUAAUGCUAGACCCUGUUCUAUUACCAACAAGUAACAACGUUAUGGAUAGGGCCGUAAUUGAACGCCACCUGAUGUCAGAACCUACUGAUCCGUUCAAUAGGAUCCACUUGACUAGUGAUGAUCUUGUCCCGCAGCCAGAACUAAAGGAGAAGAUUCUUAGAUUUAUGAAUGAACAUAAUAUAAAUUAA